AUGUUGGACGAAGAAGAUAUCAAUAUAGCAAACUCACUUGCUGCCUUAUCUGAUGAUGAAUUGAGUACCAAUGAAUCAGAUGGAGGAGAAUUCCAAGAUGAGAUACUUUCACUGGAUAAUGAAGAAUCCAAUGCACCACCAAAAAAAAAGGUUAAAAAGAAUAACCACGAGGCAUUCCCCGUUAGCAAUGCGUCUGGCGAUGAAAACGAGGAUGAAGAGGAUGACAAGAUGUUGACGUCUUUCUUUACUACCAAUAACCCCACAGCAAAGAAAGCAAAAGCAGGUUCAUUCGCAUCGUUUGGAUUUUCAAAAUUUCUACUUGCGAAUAUUUCGAAAAAGGGUUAUAAACAGCCAACACCCAUCCAAAGAAAGUCCAUCCCGUUGAUUAUUGAUAAUAGGGAUGUUGUUGGAAUGGCAAGAACGGGUUCAGGAAAAACGGCGGCAUUUGUUUUGCCCCUUAUUGAGAAGUUGAAACUGCGUAGUCUUGCUGGGGUACGGGCUGUCAUUCUAUCCCCUUCAAGAGAGUUGGCAUUACAGACUUAUAAACAAGUCAAGGAAUUUAGUCGCGGAACUGACUUGCAAUCAAUCGUUUUGAUUGGUGGUGAUUCAUUGGAGGAAGACUUUGGCAAGAUGGUAAGCAAGCCCGAUGUCAUAGUAUGUACCCCUGGUAGAUUUUUGCACUUGAAGGUUGAAAUGCAGUAUGACUUGUCUACAGUCCAGUAUAUUGUGUUUGAUGAGGCUGAUAGGUUGUUUGAAAUGGGAUUUGCCGAACAAUUAAACGAAUUAUUGCUAGCAUUGCCACCAAAUAGGCAGUCGCUACUUUUUUCGGCAACUUUGCCUAGAACUUUGGUGGAUUUUGCAAAAGCCGGUUUAAGUAAUCCAGUGUUGGUCCGUUUGGAUGCAGAGUCAAAGAUUUCUGAGAAUUUGCAAAUGGCGUACUUCACUACUAAACUUAAUGAAAGGGAGGCAAACCUUUUAUACAUAUUGCAAGAAGUCAUCAAAAUGCCCUUGGGUACACCGGGUGAGGUAAAGAAGCUUGUAGCAAUGGACAAAAGGGAAGCAGAAGAGAGUGACGAGGAUGACGACUCUGGGAAAAAGAAAAAGUACAAGUUCAAAAAGGAGAGAAUGCCUUCAGCAAAUCAACUUCCAUCUGAGAAAUCAACAAUUGUCUUUGUACCGACAAAACAUCAUGUUGAAUACGUUACCAAGCUUUUGAGAGAUGCCGGUUACUUGGUGUCAUAUAUUUACGGUACCUUGGAUCAGCAUGCGAGAAAGAACCAGUUGUACCAGUUCAAGAUUGGCCUCACAAAGGUUUUGGUAGUUACUGAUGUUGCUGCAAGAGGUAUUGAUAUCCCAGUGUUGGCAAAUGUGAUCAACUUCACCUUGCCCGGAUCAUCCAAAAUUUUCAUUCAUAGAGUGGGUAGAACAGCAAGAGCUGGUAACAAAGGUUGGGCAUACUCGAUUGUUAAUGAAAAAGAGUUGCCAUAUUUACUAGACUUGGAGCUUUUCUUGGGAAAAAAGGUGUUGCUAACAUCGAUGUACGAGGCAAAAUGUGACUUAUUGAAAAAGAAACAAGGUGAUUCAUAUAUUCCACCACACGUUAACUACACGGAAAGGCUUGUUGUGGGAUCAAUACCGCGAGUGGACCUUGAAACGUUUCAGGAAUUGUACGAGAAUUUGCUAAAAAACAAUUAUGAUAUUAAAGUUUUGAAAGAUGUGGCAGCAAAGGGAGAAAAAUUGUAUCACAGAACAAGACAAUCGGCAUCUCAAGAAUCAUUGAAAAGGAGUAAAGAGAUUUUGGAAACCAAUUCGUGGGACGAUCAGCAUUUACUUUUUGGAGAAAAUUUGGAGAGAAAGAAGGAGGACUUCUUGGCCAAGUUGCAGAAUAGGAAUGUUAAGGAAACAGUGUUUGAAAUAAGGAAAAAAGGUGUGAAAGAAAAUGAUAGUCUUGCCGAGUUUAUGCACAAGAGAAGACGUCAGAUUGCGCCCAUUCAGCGUAAGGCGCAAGAGCGUCGUGAAUUGUUGCAUAAAGAAAGAUUGGCAGGAUUAAGUCACGGUAUUGAAGAGGAGCUCUUAAAGACGGAGGACGAAAACAGUGGGUACGUGCAGCAGCAAGUGGAUGACGAUGAACUACAAAACACAUUUGAAGAUAGCGAACAAUUGCAAAAAAAGAAAUCGUCGCGUGAUCCUCAGUUUUUCUUGAGCCAUUAUGCUCCUGCUUCAGUUAUACAGGAUCAGCAGUUAUCUAUUGCUUCUUCUUUUGCUAAUGAUGCUCAAGCAGCAGCUUUUGACUUGGAUAAUGACGAUAAACUACAAGCCAACAAACAGGUCAUGAAAUGGGACAAAAAGAAAGGCAAGUACAUCAACUCGCAAUCCACAGACAAGAAAUAUAUAAUCAGUGAAAAUGGAACAAAGAUCCCUGCUUCUUUCAGAUCAGGUAAGUUUGAUGAAUGGAAGAAACAAAGGAACCUUAAGCAUACCACGUCUGUUGAUGGUGUUGGAGAGAACAACCACAAGUUCAAACACAAGAAACAAAGCACGCCAAAAUUGCCUGAUAAAUAUAGAGAUGAUUAUCAUAAGCAAAAGAAAAAGGUUGAAAAGGCACUUGAUUCAGGUUUGAGAGUGAAGGGAUACAACAAGCCAGGGCAACAACAAGAGUUGAGGUCUACAGAACAAAUUAGAAAAGCAAGAGCACAAAAGGAACAAAGAAGAGCUAAAAACGCUCGUCCUAGUAAGAGAAAAUAG